GGAACAGAUGCUUGGAAUGGUAUUGGGAUCCAAUUACUGCACUUUUCCAACCUUACAUCUAUUGUCUAAACUUGGAGCAGGCAUAUUUUUAUUCCUUGGUGACACUAUAUAAAGAGACAAUUGGCAUUGUGUUUGCUGGCUGACUGGUUGGCAGAGCAGGGGUGGAAGGAGCAGCAGCACCAUGGCUCCCAAAAAGGCAAAGAAGAAGAUAGAAGGUGGUUCCAAUGUUUUCUCUAUGUUUGAACAAACCCAGAUCCAGGAGUUCAAAGAGGCUUUUACCAUCAUGGAUCAGAACAGGGAUGGCUUUAUUGACAAAGCAGAUUUGAGAGACACAUUUGCUGCACUAGGUCGUCUGAAUGUCAAGAAUGAAGAGCUUGAAGACAUGGUGAAGGAGGCGCCAGGUCCUAUUAACUUCACUGUCUUCCUUACUAUGUUUGGGGAAAAGCUGAAAGGCACGGACCCAGAAGAAACCAUUCUGAAUGCUUUUAAGAUUUUCGACCCAGAAGGAAAAGGCCGCAUAAAGGCAGACUACAUCAAAGAAAUGCUCAUGACACAGGCAGACCGGUUCAGUCAAGAAGAGAUCAACCAGAUGUUUGCUGCUUUCCCUCCAGAUGUCUCUGGGAACCUCGACUAUAAGAAUCUCUGCUAUGUUAUCACCCAUGGUGAGGAGAAAGACUGAGCAAAGAGAGGAGCUUCUCCUGUGCUGAUGCACCCAGUUAUUUCAUGAUACACAAGACAAAGGGCUAAGCAUCCACGAUGUGAAGCCAUGUGGUCAUUGGAAGACAACCAAUAAAAUAAUUUAAAAUAGAUUAAAGUUAUUUAAUGCUCCUGUUUUUAUGAAAUAUCAAAAUACCAA